UAUAUGUAUGUUUUUUUCCCCAAAGCGACAAGUAUUAAUGUGUUAUCAACCCCGUUCCUCUCUGCAGGUACGCAGGCGCAGCAAAGCGUGCAGAGCUGGACUGAAGGAGCAUGACGAGCUGGUUGCCAUCGGUGAACACAUGUGUGCUGAGCUCAGUCACGCUGAGGCCAUGAGCCUCAUAGACACAGAGAGCGCCUCGCUCAACCUGCGGGUCAAAAGGGCCCCUUCUGGUACCCACUCCUCAUCUGGUUGCUCUGCACCGCCCCGCUCCUCAAUGAGGGUCCUGUCUCCCCCCGCAGGCCCCUUACCCUCCCACCGUUCCUCCCUCCUCUCAGGGAUCACUUCCCCUCCAGACAGCGAGGCUUACUACGGAGAGACAGACAGUGACGCAGACACACAGUCACUCCCGCACCGUCGUCAGAGGCGCACACCUCCUCAUGCACGCUCACCUGCACGCUAUGACAACCAAGAAGAGGAGGAGACCUCAGAGAUGAGCGGGUAUGAGAGUGCCACAGAUGCAGUGGUUUCCAUGCAGGGGCAGUGGGAAGGUCAGUGUCUUCCUGGCGUCCCUCGUAGAGAGCUCAUCUAUCAGCCACCCCAGACUGAGUGGACCACUCCGACACACACCCCACACACUCUGACCCCUCACACGCUCACACCCACGCCUGAUCAGGGCUUGAUAGAAGCGGAGGGAGAAGGGGACAGUGGCUUCCAGGAGGCGGGGGGCUGCAUCGGGCUGGCCUGCCCGCCACUUGUGUCUCCUGAACGGGCGAAAGAGGCUCUGAUGUCGGGCUCCGGGAAACAUCUGGUGCCCAUGGUGGGACCCCAGCAGACCCCCGUCAGCGACGAGCUCUCCACAACAUACAUGGACAAAGCACGGCAAGCUAAGCUGCAUCGUGGGGAGAGUUUGGUGGAGAAACAGGUGAAAGAAGCUCGUACUAAAUGCCGCUCGAUUGCUUCUUUGCUGACUGAUGCUCCCAACCCCAACUCGAAAGGGGUGCUUAUGUUCAAGAAACGCCGGCAGAGGGCCAAGAAGUACACGCUGACCUGCUUUGGCAAAGCUGAGGGAGACAGAGGAGGGGAGACAGACGGGGACACAGGGGGGGAGACGGAGGAGGAAGGAGGAAGCUCCAUUCUGAGCAGCUCAGAAGUUGACGAAGAGGGAUUCUCUGCGUCUUUUGACCCAACGUGGGACACCGGUUAUCUCGACCUGCUGGAUAGAAGAAGCUCAGCCUGCCCGACAUCUACUCCAACAACUCCGACAACCAAUCACAGCUUGGGGCUGGACCGCUCAGCCUAUCAGACACCAGAACUUGUGACCUCUGUCAAUAAAAGCCCAGGGUUGGAGGACUCAAGGCUGGAGAGCGGAGCCUAUCAGGGCUCAAGGCUGGAGAGCAGCAUCGUGAAGCAGCCAAUCAGUAACUACUCUGCACACAUGUCUCCUCCAGCUGUGGCUCUGACCAACGGGGGGUCGGUAGCUGUAAGUCGGGCUAGCGUUGUUCUGAGCCCCCCCUCCCACACUCAGCCCCUUCCGAGUCAAAAUGGCAACCCUAAUCCUAGCCCGAAUCUUCCUCCGAGCCCGAUCACAGACUCAGAUCAGCUCCUAAAUGCGGGUGUUCUGAACCGUACAGCGCGCCCCUUCACCCCAGGCCCCACCCCUUCUCGUGCUACUGUCACCUCUGUGAUGUUUCGCCCUCCCCAGCCCAAACCCGCAGCCGUGGCCAUGGUGACUAUCCAACCUACUCGUCAUCCGUCAGGGCCAGAUGCAAGGCGAGCGGUGUCUAGCACCUCUCUGUACAUCCCUCCGAGAAAUAACAACACCAACACUCCCCCCUCUGUUAGCUCUCCCCCCUCCUCUCUCUCUUCUGCGCCUUUCUCCCAGCCUGCCACAAAUCCACCCACAUUUCACCCUCAGCCUGCAGUGCAUGCUUCCCUCUCCACCCCGUUCUCCCCUGCCGCAGCUCAAAGCACCCUGUUCUGUCCUCCGCCUGCUCAACCCUUCUCUCCUGCUGCUCCACAGCCAUAUACCUCUCCUCCUGCUCCCACUUACCCACCUCCCUCCACCUGCAUGCCUCCCAUCUCCCCGCCACACCCCCCUGAGCUGACUCAGGUCUCCUUUCAUGCCCAGCCCACCCCUCAUGCUCCUCCCACCCAACCUCCUCCAUCUCCGUCUGUCCACCCCUAUAUCAACAUGACAGAUGCAGUGAGUCCUGGCCCCCAUGCUGCCGUAGCACCUCAAGCUCCUGAUUCACUGGCGACACGAGAGGAGCGGAUCUCAGUUCCCGCCGCUCGCACCGGGAUCCUGCAUGAUGCCCGUCGACGUGCUAACAAGAAGCCAAUGUUCUGUGCGGUCCAGAAACAAGAUGUUAAUCCUAACCCCGACUUGCUGUCGAUGGUCCAGAACAUGGACGACCGCUUUGUGAGAACCCCAGGUGCUGAAGUUUGUGCUGCACCCGCUGGGGAGACUGGACAUGAGUCAGGGCCUGAGGAGGACUGGCUGAGGUUGGGGGCAGAGGCCUGCAACUUCAUGCAGGCUCAGCGGAGACCCAGGCCACCUCCUGUAGCUCCCAAACCCCAAACCCCUCAGGUGCCACAACUGGCAGGGAAGGGAGGUGAGCUGUUUGCCCGCAGGCAGAACAGGAUGGAUCGGUACGUUGUGGAGCGAUCUCCCUCUGUUGCUGCAGCACCGUACUCCCCCGCCCACACCAGAGAGUCCUCACCCACGCCUUCACUCCCUUGCACCUGGAAGUACUCGUCCAACAUCCGUGCUCCUCCACCCAUCAGCUACAACCCGCUUCUCUCACCCUCCUGCCCCCUGAAAGCCCAGAAGAAGCAGGCGCCUCCAAAGUCUGGGACAGCUGGAUCUAAAGGACAAAAAGCGGGCCUCAAGGCUGUGGACAUUAUGAGCCACCAGCCCUACCAGCUCAACUCCUCUUUGUUCAGCUAUGGCGGUGGGGUUCCCCAGGACACCUCCACCUUUCAGAAGCAAGGAGGAUUGUCAAGUGGUCCUCAGAAGACAGCACGAGUUUACGAGGUAAAGCGAUUCUCCACGCCCCCGCCAACGUCCACUGGGCCCGCUCUCAAAGUUAUUGUGCCUCGAUCAGCUACGACACUCGGAGAACCACUGUGGCGCUCUGACAUCACGUCUCCACCCACGGUUGGCCCCGCCCCCUACCAACCCUAUCAGCCUCAACCCCAACCGUACCAACCGCAGUGGGCCACCUCCCCUCUGUCCCCCCCACCUGCCCCUACUGCUCCACUCCCCCAGCUCCCCACCUUCUCCGCCCCUCAUGCUCAAAAUCUGGUCGUGUCCCCGACUUUCACCCACAUUCAGCCCUCUAACGGCGCGCAGGCCAACAGGCAGUUUAAGAGCGCCCCGGAUCUGAGUCCUCGGCCGGCAUCCAGCAGCGCUCAACCCAACAGGGUCCCCAGGCCCAGGUUCAGCACUUCCAACCUGGGUCUGCAGCCUUGCGUCUGGCGCCCUGGAUCCACUGCGCACUGAACAGACUCUGGACAUAAUAAACCAUGUGGUGCUCGGGGAACAUAGAGCACCAUUUUUUUCCAUGUGUUUUAAGUAUCCUGAUUUUGUUAUUCAGGGCUGCAGCUUGGAGUUUUACCAGCCUUGUUCUAUCACAAGAUCUGUUUGAAUCGGCCACCGAUGUAGCACAUUUUAACACUUACAUUUAAUCUUGUUGACUCAUUUAUUCAGUGCAUUUGGCUCUAGUUAAAGGGAACACUGUGUUUUGCAAAGGAAAUAUUGUGUGAGAAAGGUUUAAAGGGGGCAUAUUAUGCUAAUUUUCAGGAUCAUACUUACAUUUUGCGUUUCUAUUUGAACAUAUUUACAUACUGCAAUGUUUUUAAAAAAAAAACAUAUUUUUCUCAUAGUGCCUGUCUAAACAGGCCUGUAUUCCGGCUCUGUCUGAAAUUCAACAUUUUAGCGCCUGUCUCUUUAAGCCCCCUUUCCAAAAAAGCCCAGUGUGCUCUGAUUGGCUUGCAAGAUAAAUAUGGGCACCUUUGAAUCUGUGGGUUCUCUUGCAUGUGACAUAGGAAGGGGAGCCAAGUUUGAAUGGCUUGCUGAUUUUUUUCUGACCUAGGCAGCCCAUACAAAACUAAUUGGGUUGUCUUUGCAGUUUUUGGGGUUGUAAGGCAUUCCAGAUAUGUUUUUUUUUUUCAUAAUAUGUCCCCUUUGAAAACAUGGAGAUCAAUGGCGAGAAAGAGAAGCUGGAGAAAACUGACAUAAAGUUCUGUAAAUAUUAUGUUGAUGAUGAUGAAGUUUAAACAUAAAAAAGAAGAAUAGAGGAUGUGAAAAGACAAGAGUGUUGUGAGAAAAGAUGUGAAAAUGAUGAAAAGGAAAGCACUGAUAAGUGAUAAAAUGAAAACAAUAUCUGAUGACGUGUAAAAUGUGCAGAUUUGACUGUAAACAUCCUACACUACCUGUUGCCAUCCUGCAUUAUCAUAUCAGAAAAACUGCUUUACUAACAAAUAUGAAGUAGCUACUACUAGUGCAACCCCCUCUGUUAUAUAUACUCUAAGGAUUUGUGUUUGAUGCUUCUGAGUGUCUUUAUUUUUUAGCAACAUUCUGCAGCAGUGUGUGCUUUGUUUUCUGUAGUUUUUUUAGGGUGAAGAGCACAGCUGCCACGAAGAAGGGAAGCCUUUUACAGUAGCCUUGAUUUUUGAUCUGUUGGUAUGAAAGAAGAGAUGGAUAACAUGUCUGUUAGCUGUUUUCCACGGAGACAUCCGGCUGAAUAAAAAUAGACAUGACUCAC